AUGCAAUUUAACGAAAGAACUAUUCAAUUUACUGAUAUCCCAUUACAAAUGAAACCUGCUAAUAUCAAACAAGUUUUUGCUAAAUAUGGAACAGUUACUAAUUUUAAAAUGACAGUAAGAGGUAUGUGGCAAUAUGCUUAUAUUACUUACAAAAACCCUAAAUGUAUUGAACUAUUUUAUCAAGCGUGGAGUCGUUUCGUCCAGAAUAAUUCUGUUCAUAUCAAUCCUUGCACUUUGUCUUCUGAUGAAA